GAGCACUACUGACGGAACUCUAGUCUAUACAAAACAAGUAUGGGAAGGGGUUUCGGGGAGAUUGAAAGCAAAACUACAGUUCUACGCUACUCGAAACGUAGAUCAUGAAAAACUGCCCAGGGACCAACGAGAGAAAGAUUGUCAUAAACACUGUGGAUAGACACCCUUGCUCCUGAGGCACGCCAUACAUGGGAAUAAAGAACUUUGGACUAUCAUCAACUGCGACUUCGACGGCGAUCGUGCGUAGAGGCGGGGUAGAUCAGAUCAUAACUGCACGACUCUCGAACAAGAAGUUCGAACACGACGCGAUGCACACACCCCAUAUGAGCAUGACCACGAUCCUUACUAGCUACGGCAUACGCAGUAUCUUCACAGACAGUAAUAACUUCAUUGCAACAUUAUUAUCAAAGUCCAGCUUGUCUCGCGCUUCCAGUCUCGACCAUCUGUAUGUUCUCUCUCUCUCUCUCUAUCUCUUUUUCUUCUACCCCAUACUCGACUGUUGGUGGAUACCUUCUCUCUAUAACUGGUUGUCUCCUGUCGGUGCGAGACCGGCCAUCCUAAUUUUUACAUUAAGCCUCGCAGUUUAUUACAUCGUGCCAUGUGCUGGUCCCUGUCUACUCGGAUGAGCCAUAUGCGGCUAGUUGUAAAAGUGCCAAUAUAGCUGACACUUCACAAAU